GUCCUGCGCAACCGCAGCGUGCUGCUGCAGUGGCGCCUGGCGCCGGCCGAGGCGCGCCGCGUGCGCGCCUUCGCGCUCAACUGCUCGUGGCGCGGCGCCUACACGCGCUUCCCGUGCGAGCGCGUGCUCCUGGGCGCCUCCUGCCGCGACUACCUGCUGCCCGACGUGCACGACGGCGUGCGCUACCGCCUGUGCCUGCAGCCGCUGCCGCUGCGCGCCGAGCCCGCCGCCGCCACCGUCCCGGAGCCUGCCGGGUCCACCGAGUGCGUGGAGUUCGCCGCCGAGCCAGCCGGCAUGCGGGAGAUCGUGGUGGCCAUGACGGCGGUGGGCGGCUCCAUCUGCGUCAUGCUUGUGGUUAUCUGCCUGCUCGUGGCCUACAUCACCGAGAACCUCAUGCACCCGGCCUUCGGGCGCCCAGGCCUGCGCAGGCAGCCCUGAAGCGCGAGGCGGCCCGCCCACCGGGGCUCCGCCUGCCCGACAAGUGCGCGGGAGGUCCCAGGCCCUCCAGCCCGCUCUCCCUUCCGCGUUCCUGCUCCCUCCUAGGAUCUCCACGCAAGGCUUGCUGGAGACGGAUAGGGCACCAGCCGGCCGCGCCAGGAACUUGAAGUCAUCGCACGACCUUCCUAGCUGCACAUCGACUUCCCAGAUUCCAGCUCGGGACUGGCCCUUGGGCCUGCGCAGAGGUGCCAGCCGCGACCGGGGCUCUCCCCGCUUUCCAGAGGCCUUUAUAGAGGCCACCAGGACGUAGAGCCCCUUAUAGCAAGAGC